AUGCAUCUUGAUUCCUGUCCAUUAGAUUGUAAGGUGUAUGUAGGUAAUCUUGGAAACAAUGCGAACAAGACUGAACUAAAGUGGGCUUUUGGCUAUUAUGGACCACUUCGAAGUGUAUGGGUUGCUCGUAACCCUCCUGGCUUUGUCUUUGUUAAAUUUGAGGAUCCCCGAGAUGCCACUGAUGCUGUCCGAGAGCUGGAUGGAAAAAGACUAUCUGGCUGCCGUGUAAAAAUGGAACUGUCAAAUGGGGAAAAAAGAAGUCUCAAUCGUGGCCCACCUCCCUCUUGGGGUCAAUACCCUCGAGAUGAUUACCGAGAUGAUUACCGUAGGAGGAGUCCUCCACCUCAGCGAAGAUCUCCAAGAAGGAGAAGAUUCUCUCGAAGCCGAAGCAGGUCACUUUCUAGAAACAGAAGAGAAAGGGCUGUGUCUCGUGAGAGAAACCACAAGCCAUCUCGAUCCUUCUCUAGGUUUUGUAGCCGAUCCAGGUCACAUGAAAGGAAGUAG